GACAAGACCUAGGUGCGAACACGAACGCAUAGAUAGUGGAUCAUAGGAUAUUUGUCAAGUUGCAUAGAGACUGAAAUUUUGAAAUGUUUCGAAUAAAACUUCUUAAACAAGUUCUUGGAUUUUGUCUGUGUAUGGCGUUCUGUAUGGCGGUCACCUCUCUUAUACGGCCAGAGAAAGAUGUCACACAGCAGAGAGCAUAUCGUUCCGAUGAUACGAUCUGGGAUACGCUACCAAGAAGGCCUGUGGUGCAAUUCAAACAGUCACAAGAAUCCAUGAGGCGAGGUAAGAUAAAUGUUCGAGAACUGUGCAAGGGAGAAAGUUUAGAGGAAGAGAAUACAUUUGAGUAUGGUCGACUAAUGGCAAACCGUUCAGUUUACUAUUGUUAUGUUCCUAAAUGUGGGACUACUUUUAUGGAACUGUUUUUACAGAAAGUGUUUCAAAGCGGCAGCCCUGUCUAUUCUAGAGAUUACUACGAAGAAAUAAAAGAGAGACAUGUCUUAGAGGAUGCGUUUUCUUUUACUUUCGUGCGAGAACCCUACAGCAGAUUGUUUUCAGCAUAUGAAAAUAAAUUCUUUCAUCCUAAUGAAAUGUGGAAAAAAUUAGGAACAGAUGUCAUUCGUGAAGUUAGACCCGAUCCGUCUCCAUUGAGUAAAACCAUUGGCCAUGAUGUCACAUUUGUCGAGCUUGUUCAAUAUGUGGUCACUUUAUGGGAACAAGGACGGCCAUUAAAUCCACAUCUUGCACCCAUGAAAUCAAUAUGUGAUCCAUGUAGAAAACGUUUUGACUUCAUAGGAAAGUUGGAAACAAUGUCAACUGAUCUUGAGGAACUUGUAGAGGAAUGGAAAUACAGGGAGAUAGUUUCCAAAGAUAUCGACCCAACGGCAAAGAUAGAAUACGAGACUAAAUAUUCGCGAAGUUUUGGGCGGAUUUAUCAUAUGUUUGGAUCUCUAAACAAGUAUAAAAACCUCUUAUCAAGAUACAAGCUCUUCCAAAGAACAUGGUCGAGUUACCAGAUGAGAGGAGUAAUCCUCAAAGAAUACGAGAUGCCUUUCCUUGAGAUGGAUGUUAAUGAAGUUGACGAACCAAUGUAUCGAACGGCAAUCAAAGAUGCAAUUGACUCUAGCGAAAAGUACGAAGCUGAACUAAAAGCACAACGUACAGAAGCGCUCGUUCAGGCAUACAGGACAGUGCCACUAGACCUAAUGUAUAGGCUACAGGAAUUUGUGAAAACCGAUUGUUUACUUUUUGGUUAUGAUGACAAGCCAAGGCAACUUUUUGACAGAUCUUUCUCGAUAAAUACACAAGGUCAUGAUUACUUUAAAGGGCUUUAA